UCAAAAUGGCCGCCAAAUGAAGUGAGAUUUUUUAAGACGUUGAUUAAAUGUAAUUUUGUGCUAUAAAAUGGGUAGUAGUGAAUCUACGAGAAAAGUAACUCUUGAAAAAGAUACAGACGGAGAUAGCUCUGGUAUUAUAAAGGUUUCUGAGCGAGUGGUUCAAAGAUUAAGAGGGAAAAAGGAUCUUCCAUUGAAUUUAUCAGAGGAGGUGACUCCAGAAGAGAUAAAUAAGCUAUGGAAGGAAUUACAACACGAGAAAACUCAUCUCGAAAUUCAGAAAAAGAGAUUAGAAGACCUAUUACAGAGAGCUUUUGAAGAGGGGAGAGGUCAAUCCUUGCUUAAUGAUUCAAGUGAAARUGUAGAUGUUGCAGAGGUUCAAAAACUGAAGGAUGACAUGGUUGUCAGAGAAAAUGAAUUACUAAACGAAAUAGAGACACUAAAACAAAAGAAUGCUCAUAUUGAUGCAGUUUCUGAUGAACAAUAUAAUGCUGCAUUUGAGGAAAUUAAAGACAAAUUUAGACAAAUUGAAAGACCAAAAGUUUGUCAAAGUAUUCAACAACUAGCAUUAGAUUGCUACCAGGACAAUCCCAAGCAAACACUACGAUGCUCUCAAUAUGUUAAAGACUUUGAGAAGUGUGURCARCAGUCAAGACUUGAAAAUCUUCAAGACAUAAAAUCCUAGUCAAAMGAUAAUCUCUUUGAAUACUCCUUGAAUCGCUCAAAAAAGAAGAAAAGAAAAACACUAACAGAAUUUCGUUGUGUGGAGUUGAGCUGUUCGGUGCAGAUGUUGAAGAAAGGAUUUCAUGUUUUCUGUAUUUCUAGAUCCUUGUAUUUUGUUGAAUAUAUCAAAAGACAGCCGAAAUAAAAGUUUUAUGCC